AUGGCUACUGAGACACUGACGACGGAGCAGCAGCGAGCCGCCUAUCUCAAAGAGGCGCAGGAAAAAGCCGUCAAACUGUUUGAUGAGAUCGAGCAAUCUAUAGUCCGGCCCGGCGUCAGCGAGAAGCAACUCAGCGACGAGAUCCAUGAGCUUGGAGCUAAGCGCUACGAUGUCAGAACCCAUUGGCACAAGCGAGUCAUCCGAAGCGGACCCAACACGCUGUUCCCGUACGCUGAAAACCCUCCGGAUCGCAUCCUCCAAACGGACGAUAUCGUCUUCGUGGAUCUAGGCCCAGUGUUCGAGGCCUGGGAAGCCGACUUUGGCCGCACGUUUGUGCUUGGAGAUGACCCGGUCAAGGCCAGGCUGCGCGACACGUUAGAGCCCUUGUGGAAAAAGGUCAAGUCGCACUUCCAGGACAAUCCCGACAUAACAGGCGAGGAACUAUAUCACUUCACCUGUGAUUUGGCCAAAGAAGCAGGAUGGGAAUUCGGUGGCUCCCAUGCAGGACACCUCGUCGGCCAAUUCCCGCACGAGCGGAUUCCGGGAGAUAAAGUCGAAUUCUACAUAACCACGGGCAGCGAGAAGCCAAUGAGGCGCACCGGCAAGGACGGACAGCCAUUGCAUUGGAUCUUAGAGGUCCAUCUUGUGGACCGCGAACGCCAGAUCGGCGGGUUUAUGGAGCAACUCUUGACGGUCGAUUGA